GUCUCAUGUAUUAUUAAUAAACCCCACACCUCUUCUCCAUUUACAUAUCUCCCCCACUCUUCUCCCUCUUUAUAAACCCUCUUUCCCCAUUCUCCUCCUCCCCCCGCCCCUCUCUCCUUCCUCGAUCUUUCUAGAGCAAAAUAUCAAAUACACACACACCCACACAUAUAUAUAUAUAGAGAGAGAGAGAGAGAGAGAGAAAGGGGAUCGAUCGAUCGAUCGAUCGAUCUCACCUGUGAAGCUCCAUGGAGUACUCGUUCUCCACCUCGUCGUCGUCCUCGUCUUCGUCUUCUUCGUCGUCGUCGUCGUCGUCGUCGUCGGGAUUGUUGGCUGCGGCGGCGGAUAUCGAGGCGGGGUUCGUGAACCCCUUCGCGCUCUACCCCCCGCGGCCGCAUAAAGCGAAGGGGGCGGCGGCGAUCUAUGCGGGGCGGGCGCGGGCGCAGGCGCGGUUCUUCUGCGAGAGUUUGGAGGAGGAGGAGCGGGGCCACUUCCUCGACGCUUGCUUCCUCUGCAAGAAGCCCCUCGCCGGCCACCUCGACAUCUUCAUGUACAGAGGGGAUUUGCCGUUCUGCAGCGAGGAGUGCCGGCAGCAGCAGAUUGAGGCGGACGAGGCGAAGGAGACGAACAGAAAGCUCUCCGUGACGGCUUCUUCGCGAAGAGAAUUCGAAGAGCAGAAGCAGAAGCAGAAGCAGAAGCAGAGCUCUCCGAAGUCGCAGAAGAUCACCCUCGUCGCUGGAUGAUAUCAACCCCGGCCCCUAAUUAUUACUACUACUACUACUACUAUCAGCUACAAUAAAAGUUGUUGCAGCAGUAGUAGUAAUAAUGAUAAUAAUAGCAGCAGCAGUAGCAAUUAGUCCAUAUAAUAAUAUACGGCAAGAAGUGGCGUGAAAGAGAGAACCCUAUUAAGUUUCUUUUCUUUUUUUUCUCCCCCCUUUUUGGGCUUUUUUUUUUUACUUCUUCUUUUCCGUUUUCUAAGUUGUAUAGAAGAAGCAAAACGAGCUUGUUAUGAAUCCCAAUCGAGCCCAAUCGAGCUGUGUGGCCUGUGGGAGAGCUGCAUUUUUUUUUUGAUCAGUUCUGUAUAUUUACGAUAAUGCCGAAGCGCUAAAAAAAGAAAGAAAAAAAAGAAGAAGCCAAAAGAUGCACGAGCGCUUGCUUUUUGUUUUGACCGUUUUAAAUGUUCAGUGCUAAAUAAACUGAAUUUCUAAAUAAUAUUUGCUCUCUCUUCUUC